AUGGCACAGGACAAACCCAAGCUGAUCGAAGAGCUCUUGAAGCUCAUCUCUAUGGGCGAAGUACUCAAUGAGACCCAGCAAAAACAGAUGAAGGACUACAAGUUUUGGAAGACUCAGCCGGUUCCAAGUUUGGACGAGGUAGUGGACACCGACGGACCCAUUGACGAUACCAAAACGCCGCUGGACAUUCCCGAUGAGCCAUUGCCGCUUUUGGGAGAUUUUGAGUGGUCCACCAUCGACGUGGAGAGCUCCGCAGAGUUGGACGAGGUGUAUACUCUCUUGUACGAGCACUAUGUGGAAGAUCAGGACGCCACGUUCCGCUUCAAGUACUCGCACGAGUUCUUCAAAUGGGCGUUGAAGCCUCCUGGAUGGAGGAAAGAGUGGCACGUCGGUGUGCGUGUUAAGUCGACCAAGAAGUUGGUGGCGUUUAUUGCUGCGGUGCCGGUAACAUUGAAGCUCAACAAGACCCAAAAGUCGAUCCCUAGUGUGGAGAUCAACUUCUUGUGUAUCCAUAAGAAAUUGCGGAGCAAGCGUUUGACUCCAGUUUUGAUCAAGGAGAUCACCCGCAGAGUCAACAAGCAAGACAUCUGGCAAGCUCUUUACACCGCAGGAAUCGUGCUUCCAUCCCCAGUGGCUUCGUGCCGCUACACGCAUCGUCCCAUUAACUGGUCCAAGCUCCAUGAUGUCGGAUUUUCUCACUUGCCUCCAGACAAGACCAAGGCCGGAAUGGUGGCUCAUUAUGCGUUGCCAAAUGCUACCAAGAACAAGGGACUUCGGCCUAUGGAAGCCAAGGACUUGGACGCCGUCUACGAUCUCUUGCAUAAAUUCCAGGAACGUUACGAGUUGGUGCAGGUGUUCGAGAAGGAAGAGUUGGGCCAUUGGUUGUUGGGAGGAGAAUAUGGAGCGGAGGUGAUCAAAACAUAUGUGGUAGAGAGCCCUGAAGAUGGCAGAAUCACCGACUUUUUCUCGUACUACUUGCUUCCAUUCACAGUUUUGAACCACCCGACGCACAAUGAGCUCGGUAUUGCCUACCUCUACUACUAUGCCUCUGAGAGCGCCGAGGGAGAGUCGGCAGAUUACAAGAAGCGCUUGAAUGCGUUGAUCAACGAUGCGCUUGUCACAUCUAAGCAGUUUAAUGUGGAUGUUUUCAAUGCAUUGACCUGUCAGGAUAACCCACUUUUCAUCAAGGAUGCCAAGUUUGGUCCUGGUGAUGGACUCCUCAACUACUAUCUUUUCAACUAUAGAGUGAGACCCAUCAAUGGAGGCAUUGAUCCAGUGACCAAGCAGGUUGCAGACGACAAGGGCAGUGGUAUUGGUGUAGUGUUGUUCUAA